AUGGGCAGUUCCAACACCAGUUUUAGACAGGGCUUCAUCUUAGUGGGCUUCUCUGAUUUUCCUCAAUUGGAGCUCAUUUUUUCUGUUCUCAUUUCUGUUUUCUACUCCCUAACUCUCUUUGGCAACUCUGCCAUCAUUAUUCUCUCACAACUGGAUGCUCGACUUCAAACACCAAUGUACUUCUUCCUCUGCCACCUCUCCUUCCUGGACCUCUGUUAUACCACUAGCAUUGUACCACAGCUCCUGAUCAACCUCCAGGGGCAUGACAGGACCAUCAGCUAUGGAGGGUGUGUGGCCCAGCUCUUCCUUUUCCUUGCUCUGGGCUCCACAGAGAGUGUGCUCCUGGUGGUGAUGGCCUUUGACCGCUAUGUUGCUGUGUGUCGUCCCCUGCACUACACAACCAUCAUGCACCCCCUUCUCUGCCUCUCGCUGGCUAUUGCUUCAUGGGUAGGAGGAUUCAUGAACUCUCUGAUUCAGACAAGCCUGAUGAUGGUGAUGCCUCUUUGUGGAUACCAGCUGAAGCACUUCUUCUGUGAGAUGCCUGCUCUCUUGAAGUUGGCCUGUGAGGACACAGAAGAAACUGAGGCCAAAAUGUUUGUGGCCCGAGUUGUAAUCUUGAUAUUUCCUGUAGCACUAAUUCUGGGCUCCUACGCAAACAUUGCAAAGGUAAUGCUGAAGACCAAGUCAAUGACAGGGUGCAAAAAGGCCCUGGGGACUUGUGGGUCCCACCUUGUGGUGGUUUCUAUGUUUUAUGGUGCAGCCAUCUACACACACUUACAACCACAGGGCAGUUAUUCUGAGAGCAAGGGGAAGUUUGUUGCCCUUUUUUAUACUGUCAUCACCCCCAUGCUCAAUCCUUUGAUUUAUACCCUGAGGAACAAGGAUGUGAAGAGGGCUCUGUGGAAGGUGCUAGGGAGAGGCACAGACUCAGGAUAG